AUGGGGGAAGCUGCGACACUAUCACUAUUGUGUGUACCAAUUUGGGAAAAAUCGGUGAAUGUUGAAGGAACUCCAUCACACAAUAUUUGUCAUUCUAUCAUUGUAUAUCUAUGCAUGAAUGUGAUUAAUUUUCGAACAACGUGUCCAAAUAAAAUAUUGAAAAAGUCAGUGUUUUCUAAACUUUAUUCUUCUGAAACAGGUCAACAACUAGAAAAGCAAAAAACAACUACAACACAAAAAAUAGGAAUAAAGAAGACGCGGACGAAUUUAAGCUUGAACGUGGUGAAGAAAGAAGGAAUAGCUCAGCUACCACCGGAAACUCAGUCUGAGAUCGUAGCAAAUCUACAAGGGGAUAGUCGUACGUUAUUCGCUUGUCUACAAGUGAGCAGAGCUUGGUGUCGUCAGGUGGUUCCAGUGUUGUGGAGUUGUCCGUUGAGAUUUGGAUGCGUACGAGAAAAUUCCAGUGGACACUUUAUCGAAUCAUUACUCGCUUGCCUUGAUAUAUAUGAAUGUGAGGAAUUACAAGAAGCUGGCAUAAAAUUGGGAAAACGACGAAAACCAUUCUUUGAAUAUGUAAAAUGGAUACGAGAAUUUGAUUUUCGAUCGUUGGACAUUAAAGUUUCUAAUUGGUAUUACAACUUUUAUUUACCAACCGAGAACACUACUUCAAUACCCGAUUUAAUCAAUGAUAAUCAACGAAUAGCUGCUGUCACCACAAUCUUGACAAAGUUGAUUUUUACUCGUUCGGCAGUGUUGACUAGUUUUUGGCUGACGAAACGAGAUGCAGCAGUCAGCACUCAGAGUCUUCCUGAUUUCACGACAUUUAAUGGAACUGCAGCUGCAUUACGAAGGCUUGAGCGUGUUUAUAUUCAAGUGAACUUUGAUGAACUUGAUGAACUAGAUGCCGAGCAUGUUUCAUAUUUAUUAUCAGCGAUGAAAGUUGAAUGUCGACAUAUUCAGUCGUUAGAAGUGUGCUUCACGAAUUGUUCGUUCAGCUUCGAAAGACAAGUGGCUGAUCUUAUAAGACUUCAAAAAGGACUUCGACAUGUUACAUUCGAUGAUAUUUCUUCAAUGCAAAUGUCUGCCAUAUCAGCGCUUGCAAGUCAAGCAAACACAUUAUCCAGUAUGGAAUUCAAGAAUAGUAAUCUUUCUAAUAUGUCGCUUGGACCGAUAUCGAAAUGUUUAAAUUUGGACACUUUAGUUUUCGAUGAAUGCGAAGAAUUUCCUGACGAAUUUUGGAUUCCACUUUUACGUAAUCCAUUUCGUCUACGGAAACUUCAUUUUCGAGAUAAUCUCACUUAUGGAAACAAAACUCAUUUAAUUGCGCUAAUACAAAGAGUAGGUCCUCAUUUACGAGAACUGCAACUCUUACAGACAAAAAUACAUCCGGAAUUAUUACACGCGGUCGCGACUUCUUGUCCAAACUUCACACAUUUGGACGUCGUAGCCGACACGAAUGACCCAAAUCUCACCACCGCUAUACAGCACGUACUUUCACGGUGUGAUCAACUUUCCUAUUUUUCACUGCGGGUCGAAGACGAGCAUACUAAUUGCGAUGAACUACUGCUUGCUCUGAUGGAGGGUUUCCCUCAUUCGGUGCGUCACGUAAAUCUAUACAUUCCUAUGACACCAAAGUCAUUAUCAAAUUUUUUACAUGAUUGCGGGCGACCUUUACGAAAGAUUGGGUUACAUCAAUUCAAAGGAAUACCGAACGAAAAUAUUCAGCUUUUGGCGGAUUAUGCUAUGAGUGAGCAUGCGUCCAAGGAUCUGAUUAUUGGGAUAGACGACUUUACGUUGUUGAAAUGUGAUGAGGAAUUAUUAAGCAGAUUCAAGUCAUUAUGUAAACUUGACCAUGUUCAGUAUUGUAAUGCGUAUCAUAUUCCAAGUUUUUAA